UCGCCCCAGAGCGGCGUUGACUUGCUGAGGACCGGGCCGGCGCCACAGCGGCUCCACGCCUGGAGAACGAGCCGGGAAGGAGGAGAGGACUCACCGCGUUUUGUAGGGUCCGGGCCCUCUGUGGCGGGCGUGCCACCCCCCCCCACCUCCGGCCGCCCCCUGGGCCGCGGCCUCUGCAGCCGCCCUCAUCCCCGCAGUCGCCAAGGGCAGCGCCCGCGUCGCCGUGCCUUUUGCGCGGGGGACGCUGCGGUCCGGCCUCCCGCUGUGCGUCGAGGUCGCCAGAGCGCGCGGGGCAGAGGUGCGGCCAGCAGGGUGCCCCGAGCUCGCCGCUGCAGCCUUGCUCGACCGGGGGGACCCCGUGAUGGCGGCGCCGCCGACCGGCCAGGCGCAGAUAUCUGUGACCUUCGAUGAUGUGGCCGUGACUUUUACCCAGGAGGAGUGGGGGCAGCUGGACCCCGCCCAGAGGACCCUGUACCAGGAGGUGAUGCUGGAAAACUGUGGACUUCUGGUGUCUCUGGGGUGUCCUGUUCCUAGACCUGAGCUGAUCUACCAGCUGGAGCAAGGGCAGGAGCUGUGGAUGCUGAAGGGACACCUGUCUCAGAGCGCCUAUGCAGAUGUCAAGGGAAAACUCACGACUACAGAACUUUCCAGUUGUGCACCAGCCCUGUCUGGGGAGGCCUUGUUCCAGGAACUAAGACAGGGAGACCCAGGGAACUUCCAGCUGGGCCAAACCAAGGAUCAGAGUGGGUCGUCAGAAAUGCAGGAAGGACACUUGAGACCAGGCUUAGAACCCAGGAGAGAGAAGUUCCCUGAGAAAACAAGCCCUGAGCUUGAUGGUUUAGGGGCAGCUGAUGGCGCAUGCUCACAGACGGCACAGGAGCUGACCCAUCCAGGAGGUGCUGUCCAUGACCAUGACUCGUGUGGAUCAGGUAAAGAUCCCGUGAUUCAGGAAGAGGAAAAUACCUUUAAGUGCAAUGAAUGCGGGAAAACUUUUAAUAAAAAGCACCUUCUUGCUGGACAUGAGAAGAUUCACUCUGGAGUGAAGCCCUAUGAAUGCACCGAGUGUGGGAAAACAUUUAUUAAGAGCACACACCUCCUCCAGCACCACAUGAUCCACACGGGGGAGCGGCCCUACGAGUGCAUGGAGUGCGGGAAGGCCUUCAACCGCAAGUCCUACCUUACCCAGCACCAGCGGAUCCACAGUGGAGAGAAGCCUUAUAAGUGCAACGAAUGUGGGAAGGCCUUCACCCACCGCUCCAAUUUCGUCUUGCAUAAGAGGAGACACACUGGCGAGAAAACCUUUGUGUGCAAAGAAUGUGGGCAAGUCUUUCGACAUAGGCCAGGAUUCCUUCGACAUCACAUCAUCCACAGUGGCGAGAAUCCCUAUGAAUGCUUCGAGUGUGGCAAGGUCUUCAAACACAAGUCCUACCUCGUGUGGCACCAGCAGACUCACACUGGGGAGAAGCCCUAUGAGUGCAGUGAGUGUGGGAAAGCCUUCUGUGAGAGUGCGGCCCUCAUUCACCACUAUGUCAUCCACACUGGGGAGAAGCCCUUUGAGUGCCUGGAGUGUGGGAAGGCCUUCAACCACAGGUCGUACCUCAAGAGGCACCAGAGGAUCCACACUGGGGAGAAGCCGUUUGUGUGCGCUGAGUGUGGAAGGGCCUUCACCCACUGCUCUACUUUCAUCUUGCACAAAAGGGCCCACACCGGAGAAAAACCCUUUGAGUGCAAAGAAUGUGGGAAAGCCUUUAGCACUAGGAAAGACCUCAUUCGACACUUCAGCAUCCACACUGGGGAGAAGCCCUUCGAGUGCUCGGAGUGCGGGAAGGCCUUCAACCGCCGGUCAGGGCUCACGAGGCACCAGCGGAUUCAUAGCGGGGAGAAGCCCUACGAAUGCAUGGAGUGUGGGAAAUCCUUCUGCUGGAGCACCAACCUCAUCCGACACGCCAUCAUCCACACCGGAGAGAAGCCCUAUAAGUGCAGUGAGUGUGGAAAAGCCUUCAGUCGCAGCUCGUCCCUCACUCAGCAUCAGAGGAUUCAUACUGGGAGAAACCCUGUCCAUGUAACCGAAGUGGGAAGACCCUUCACAAGCGGGCAGUCCUCAGUCACCCUCCGAGAACUCCUUUUGGGGAAAGACUUCUUGAAUGUAACCACUGAGGAAAACCUUUUGCCAGAUGAAACAUCUACCGUGGCAUUAGAUCGGACCUACCAGAGAGAAACCCGCCAAGUAUCUUCACUGUGAGGAAAUCUGUCCCAGACCAUCAGUAGUCCGGUAGAGAUGCAUUUUAGAGAUUGACCGAGCCCAGAGCCUUAUUCUGUGUCUGAGAAUUCAUCUGUGAGGGAGAGAGCAGGGUUUCUUGUGCACGAGGUAAAACCCUUAGCUGCAUGUUUCUCCUUCACUGCAGUGUUAUCUCAGGAGUUUUUAUAAAAAGAAGGUGGAGAUGUAGAAGAGCGAAUGAAACGAAAAACUUUGGGGAAUUCUCUGCCCAGCUUACAGCACUUUGUCAUGGAUUCACAUGUUUACGUGGGACCAGGGCAUCAUUGCAGACGCAGUGGGCCUUGCCCCCAUGCGCGUCACGUACACGUUCAUCGCUGCCCAGUGUCGGGUUAGCCCGUUGAAGACAGGCAGUAAAGUGAUAAAUGCACAUGUGAGAACACAUUUUAUUCCACCAGUUAAGACUCUAAAGCUUACAAUUUUAGAAAACUGUUCUUUAUUUGGUUUUAAACACCAAACAGAUUUUUUUCAGACUUGUUCUUGGUCUGUUUAAUUUCUAUAGCUGUGUGGUAACCCUCAGAAUCAGGGAACGUGCUUCUGCUCUCUUUAUUUUUAUUUAAAUUGAUUAGCUUUCCUAAUUCCUUUGACUUUUCAUAUAAAUCUUAGGAUACCAAAAAAUCUUACUUGGAUUUCUACAGGAAUUGGUUGAAAUCUGUAGCUCUGUUUAUUGAGAAUCAGCAUCAUGAACACCGUACAUGGUUGAAUGUUUCUGUCUGGUCAUCCCUUGCACAGCUGGGCAGUAAUCAUACACAUGGAGCCUGUCUGCGUGUGCCAUGUGGUCACAGGCGUCCCCAUGAGGAUGCAGCAGUAACCAGCACGAGAGCAGGCAGACAUGGUAUGUUACUAUGUUUCCGUCAUUGUUUUGAAUAUUUUCCACACAUCAGCUCCUCCUCUUUGUGAUAACUCUAUGUGGUAGAUCAUGUUAUCCCUGUUUUACGGAUCAGAAAACGAAGGCACAAAGCUUCUGUUGGGUUUAAGGUUAAAGUAUCUGUCCAGGAUUUCACAAUUGAUUAGGAAGUAUGGGAUUUGGGACUAGAGGUCAGGUGGGCAGGCUGCAGAAUCCAUGCCCUUACCACUUUACUGCCUCUCUAGGGCAGGUCUGUGCACCCCUUCAGAAUAGAACAAAUCACUAUCGUUUGUCUGCAAAUUACUGUUCUCAUUUGACACUACAUCUUGACCAUCCCUUUAGGUUGGGAUAAACCAAACUCACUCUCGUGGCUGCAUAAUGUGUUACAACUGCAGAAAGUGCAGACAAGGGGUGUGAGGGGUGGAGAGGUCGAGAAAGGCUAAGGCAUGCAUUUGAUUUUUGAUAUGACAUGUUUGAGGUGCCCAAUAUCUCAGUGACUAUCACUGUCCUCUGACUUGUUGCCCAAGUCAGACACUUUGCAGCCAUUUUCAUCAUCCCCACUUCAGCCAUUGUCCCAUUGUGUUCAUUUUCACUUUUUCUCCCCCUUAUAGCCUCAGUAUAUGUGUGUCUUAGUGAAUGGCCACACACAGCAGGGUGUUUUUUUAUUGUCAUGUUUGGGUCCCUCACAGAGCAUUUACACAAAGCUGUUUAUAUGGUUGAUACUAUAUAAACACAUAUGUGACAUAUUGACCUUGAUGAGAACCCGCAUAGGAUUGUACGGCCAGAUCGGUAACGGUUCAGAAGUCCCAGUGAAUGGCUGUCAGUGAUCAGGGUCAGCCUGUUUCAGUGGUUUAGUAGGGAGACUUGCAGGACUCCACAUUUUGUCAUAGUCACUAGCUGUGAUUCAUUCCAGCAAAAGGAUAGAAAGCGAACUCAGCCAAGGGAGGAGGUACAAGGACUGAAGAAAGCCAGAGGGUGUCAGAGUCUGUCUCGGGGAAGUCAGACAGGCUUAACUGGAGGUCUUUCAGAGAGUUAAGACAAUUACUUAAAACGUCUGCUAAAGAAGCUCCUUAGAGAUUCUCGGUACCCAGAGUUUUUGGAGGGGGUGGGGCUCUCCUAGCACAGGCCAAGUUCUAGGUUUCCAAAACGAUAGUUGGCAUUCAAUGCAAACCCCAUUGUUUACACCAAAACUUGGGCACACUGAGACACUCGUGUCUGGGCAUGGUGUGAAACCUGACCUCUGAGGUUUCAAAGCCCAGCAAGGAUAGGAAUUCUCCGGCCUGCUGUAUUACAGCCUUAUACAGACUGAAUGGUACUAAAAGGCUGAACAGAUUUUGUAACAAAGCAAAUACACUUCCUACAACAACAAUUACACAGUCUUUACUUCGAAAAAAGUCAUUACUUCGGGGAAAAAAAAAAGUCAUUGCUUUGGAGGCUUCUAUGAACAUAACCCCUGUAGCCAAAAAAAACCUAAGCCACAGUAGAACUUAGAGACUAACCAGGAUUUAAUUUAGUGAUGACAAGGUACAGGGAAAUCUGGUGAGAAGAGACUGGACUUCUUCCAAAUACUGACACUGUGUGUGUGUGUGUGUGUGUGUGUGUAAGUGUGAGUACACACACAUCACUUAGGAUUCUCUAUAUACACACAUAUGCAUGCAUACACCUGAUAGAUGUAUGUGAAUUAUGUGUGUGUAUAUAUGUGACUUCAAGUGGUUGGACCUGCAAAUAGACCCAUUAUUACCUUUAUCUAUAAAAAUGUAAAGGCCA